AUGCAAUAUAUAAUAUUUCAGAGUCUUGGCGUUGUCUUGUACGUAUUAGUUUGCGGUGCUCUACCAUUUGAUGGACCUACAAUGCAGUUGUUACGAUCUGUGGUUGUCUCAGGGAAAUUCAGAAUACCAUUUUUUAUGUCUGCAGAUUGCGAAAAAUUGAUUAGACACAUGUUGGUGGUAGAACCAGAGCGACGUUUAAGUAUAUCUCAAAUCUUAGCGCAUUCAUGGAUGGGUGGAGAUGGAGUAAUAGAAUUAGAACCUGGAGGAUGUCAUCCUGAUGUGAAUGUACCACCACCAUUAAAUCAAUUAGUAAUAGAAAAUAUGUUAAGAUUGCCUGGACUCAACGCAGAUUCGUUAUUACAAGCCAUUAAAGGAAAUACUUUUGAUCAUGUAUCAGCUAUAUACAAUUUACUUGUUGACCGAUUAGAACCAACAAUGCCUAAUUUACCCAGUAUCCAAAGUAUACCAGGUGAUUAUCUGCCAGAUGGUGCACAUCAAUUAGAGAAGUUUGGUGAAACUGAAGCUGAAACAGAAGAAAAAAGUGGUCUUUAUUUGCCAUCUGGAACAUCUUACCAUACAACAAGAAGACAUACAGUUGGUCCUGGUGAUGCAGUGCAUCAGUCUCCUUUGUCAUAUCCUUACAAUCAUAUGUCAGGCUAUCAAACUUUACGGCCUUUUCCUAUUCUUCAGUGUAAUUUGGAUCCUCAAGUUUUACCACACACGAAUUUACCAUUAAAUCUUCCCUUAGUUCAACAUCAGCCACCACAAAAUUUCCAAAUAAAGGAUCAACAUUUAUUAAAGCCACCUCCUGUAAUGGGUGCCACCGGAAGCUUUGGUAGAAGAGCUUCAGAUGGUGGAGCAAAUCUUCACAUAUUUCAUCAACAACACAGUAGUAAUGCUAAUAAUGAUGAAGAUAAUGGCUGGAGUCAACCUGGCAGCAGGGAACAAUUACAGCCAUUACAGAGUGGUAGUUCGGGAUUAGUACAAUGUGCUCAGUCAUUAAAUGUUGCUGUCAGUACUACGACGGGAGACGGAAGUAAUAACAACAGUGUUAGUAAUAGUGGAAAUAGCGAUAGAAGAAGAAGGAGUGGCCUUAGCACUGUUAUGCAGCGACCAGUUAUAAACCCGGAACUGGUAAUGGAGGUAGAAGCUAGGAUGAAUAGAGCUUAUCUACCAUCGCGACUGUUACCAACUCACCUUAGAGGAUCAACACUUCCACACCACAGGAAAUCUUCAUUAUAUCACACUAGUACUGUAAGUAAUAGGGAUUCGUAUAAGGAACCAAGCAGCCAUGUUGCUACUGAAAGAUACUCACCUGUUCGUCGGGCAUCGGAAGGAUCGGGUGCUCCUGGGCCAGGCAUUCAAGCACUUCAACAAGAAUAUCAACAGUUACAGAGAUUAGCAUCACCUUCACAUAGCCCUGCGAGUAUUCCGGGUUCUCCUGUACACGAAAGAGGUGUAGCAGCAAUUACGCAAGGUCUUAGUGGUUUAACUACGACAUCAGUACAAGGUAGUAUCGUACACGGUACACCGGCGCAGCCACCAGCCACACCUUUAGAUUUAAGUCCACUUAGACAUCAUAGAUCACCUGCCACUACUCCUGUAAGUUACUCCCCCAGCAAUAGUCCAGCAUUGGAUAUGAUACAAGAAGAACAUCCUGUAGAAAUAUCAAGGGUACCACCACAAAUUUCAGUAACAGAUGUUCUUGGAGGACAAGUGACGUUAAUUAGUUGCUCGCCAUCUCCAUCUCCAUCGCCAGAUUCACUUGAAGAUGCAUUACCUCAUUACAACACUCUUCCGAGUUUUAUUAUUUCAGAGCCGUGCGAUCCUUCGAGACCUAGUAUAACACGCGGUAUCGGUAGACCGCACAAUACGAUACCUACCGAAGUCGAGGUUCCUUUAUCCGAUGAGUCAAGCAGAUUAAAUUCCGAAACUAUAUUAGGUCGUGUCAAACAAAUAAUAGAUGCGAGAGCGCCACCGAAAGGUUUUAUAUUUUCAAGAGAGGAAGUGGAAGGUAGUGGACUUAGUUUAGAAUAUCCCGGUGGCGUACAAAUUGAACUUAGGGUAUGCGAAUCGGAGGAAAGAGAAGCGAAGGGAAUAAAGAUGCGUAGGAUUAGUGGGGACCAAUUGCAAUAUAGUCAACUUUGUCAGCAAUUGAUUUCAUGUAUUACUGUUUGACGACAACCAGCAUGUAAUAUAAUAUGUUUUUAUACAUUACGUUACAUUCCUAGUGUAACAUACACUAUUCAUCACAGUAUUGCACACGUUGCAUAUACACAAAUGGUAUUUUUAAAUUACCUUCAUUCUUCAUACAUAUAAUAACAUUAAUGUGUUAUUAUAUUCGUGUAACAUUCAAUGUAUUAUACGUUUUUUAGUGUUUGUUUCGAGAGAUAAGAUAAGAGCCAUCUUAUUUAUAAUAUGAAAUUGUAAAUAGGGAAAUAUAUUAGUUGUAUAUUUAUAUCUUCUAAAACAUUGAAAUAUUAUAUUAUAUGCAUGUUUAAUAAUUUUCAAAAAACAAACAGUCUAUUUUCUUUAUAUUUUAACUAUAGCAGAUGUUGUGUAAACUCAUCAAGUACUGAAAAAUUUCAAUGAAAAAUUUAUUCAUGAUUAUGGAAUUAAUAAUAGCACCCAGUGUAGAUGCAAAGAAUGACUUACUGAUUCGUCCAGUCUAUUUGCAUGAAUUCAAUACAUAUACUGACUGAGUGCUAUUUAUGUUUUUUAUUUUGUUCAUAAUAUUUUUUUAUCAAAUAUAUUUUUAAUGUUAGAGACAUAUACAUAGAUAA